AUGGCGCAUUGGGUGCAGCAGGGAGAGAUGACGGAGUACAGGAAGAAUAUGAUCAAACGGGAAAUGGAGAUGGGUAUGGUCAUGACAGUCUUCCGGCAAAAGGCGGAGAGGCUCACUGUUCAAGUCAUCAUGGAAACACGUCAGGUUGCUUGGACACGCACUGCUGAAAAGACUGAUGGUGUCUUGGAUCUGUUUGAGAUCCGCGAGGUCCGUCCAGGGAGAAAUUCAAAAGACUUUGAGCGGUUCAAAGAUGGCAGAGAUAAGCAUGACGACAAUACCUGCUUUACAAUCUUCUACGGCUCACAGUUUGUUCUCAACACCUUGAGCCUGGGAGCUGACUCUAUGGAGGAUGCAUCUAAAUGGCUGAUUGGACUUGAACUGUUAGUCCAAGAAACACUGAUUGCUCCAACUCCAGUUCUUAUUGAGAGCUGGCUCAGAAAGAAGAUGUAUUCUGUCAACCAGACAAAAACAAACAGCAUAACCAUUAAGGAGCUGAAGACUCUUCUUCCUUUUCUCAACUACAAGCCCCCCAGUGCUCGGUCCCUGAAAGACAAAUUCCUGGAGGUAGGAGCAAAAAAUGAUCGGCUGGACUUUGAGCAGUUUCAUAAAUUGUACAACCUUAUAAUGUUUGAACAGAAUGAGAUUCUGGAAGAGUUCAAGAAGGAUUGCUCAUUUAUUUUGGGUAAUACAGAUAAACCUGAUGCUUCUGUGGUUUUGCUCCAUGACUUCCAACGAUUUCUUAUCUACCAGCAGAAGGAGUCAUGGGCUAGUGACCUCAAUAAGGUUAGAGAGUUGAUGACCACUUUCAUUGAUGACACCAUGAGAAAAACCAACGACCCUGAGUUCACUGUCAGUGAGUUCCUUAGCUUCCUGUUCUCCAAAGAGAAUAGUCUGUGGGAUGAGAAAUUGUCAGAGAUCAACAACCAAGACAUGAAGAACCCUUUGUCCCACUACUGGAUCAAUUCAUCACACAACACAUACCUGACAGGUGAUCAGCUUCGUAGCGAGUCAUCUACUGAGGCUUAUGUACGGUGUCUGCGCCUGGGAUGCCGCUGUGUUGAAUUGGAUUGCUGGGAAGGACCAGGAGAACCAAUUAUCUACCAUGGUUGGACCAGGACGACCAAAAUAAAGUUUGAAGAUGUGGUUAAAGCCAUCAAUGAGCACGCUUUUGUAACUUCAGAGUUCCCGGUUAUCCUGUCUAUAGAAGAGCAUUGCCCAGUUGAGCAGCAACGUCAUAUGGCCCGCGUCUUUCGAGAAGUGUUUGGUGAAAAACUACUUCUUGAGCCAGUGGAGCACAUGGCCGAGCAGCUACCAUCACCCACGCACCUGAAGGGCAAAAUUAUUCUUAAACACAAGAAGCUCAGUGUUGAUAGCGUAGAAACCAGCAAAGACUUCAAUACGUGGCAGAAACAGGGAGACUUAGAGAUGUGGGACCCUGUCAACCAGCGCUGGAACAAACACUACUGUGUGAUUUCUGAUGACAUGCUGUACUACGCAGAGGAGUACGAGGAGGAAAAAGAAGAUCUCAGGAAGUACCAGGAUUUGCAUUUCUCUGAAACAUGGUUUCACGGUGGCAUAAAAGAGGGACGACUGAUGGCGGAGCAACUGAUUCAUGAUUACUGUACUGAGACGAGAGGAAGAGAUGGCACUUUCUUGGUCCGACAGAGUGAUCGUGUUCCCACGGAUAUCACCCUUUCUUUCUGGCGCAAUGGGAGAGUCCAGCAUUGUCGCAUUCGUUCUUGUACAGAGGGACAAGGCACAUACUACUACCUGACUGCAAACCUCCAGUUUCCCAGUGUGUAUGCACUUAUACAGCACUAUAGGGAGAACCCACUGCGUUGUCAAGACUUUGAAUUGCGUCUCACCGAUGCUGUACCUCAUCCCAACCCACAUCUCCAACAACGGUGGUUCUACCCAAACCUGAGCAGAGGUGAAGCUGAAGAAUAUUUGCUCAAAAUCCCUAGAGAUGGAGCAUUCCUCAUCCGACAGAGGGAGGGAGAACCUGAAUCCUUUGCUAUCACGUUCAGAGGCGACGGUAAGGUGAAACACUGUCGGAUUCAGAAGGAAGGCAAUGUUUAUCUGCUCGGUACAACAACCGAAUUUGAAAGCCUCGUGGAGAUGGUAAACUACUUUAAGAAGAAACCACUAUAUCGCAAGACCAAGCUACGCUACCCAGUCACUCCUGACCUUGUGGCUCGCUUCAGCACAGAUAAAGAUGCUGCCUCACUCUAUCAAAUGAAAACGUAUGUUGAACCCAACGAGAUUGAAUCAUCACUGCCAAAGAGUACUGUUAGGGCUGUUUACCGCUACCAAGCUGAGAGACCCGAUGAACUCACCUUCAGUAAAGGGGCUCUGAUACAUAAUGUAUCAAAAGACAAUGAUGGAUGGUGGAAAGGGGACCAUGGUGGAAAUGUACAGCUCUUUUUCCCAUCCAAUUAUGUUGAGGAGGUGUCUUACAACCCAAAACUUGAUUUUGGACAACAGGACAUAGAAGACAAUCCUUUGGGUGAACUAUGUAAAGGCGUGGUGGAUAUCUCUAAGUGCAACAUCUUGAAAAAUUGUAAAAAUGGAAAGCUUAAUGUUCUGACACUGCAGAACAUGGAGGACGACAAUCUGUAUUUUGACUUGGCUGCAGAGUCUUUGGAGGAGUAUUAUGAAUGGUAUAUGGUGUUGUGGAACAUCACUCAAAGAGAGAUGAGCAAGCAAUUCAAUAUUCAGCAAGGGAUGAAGGCGCAAGAGGAAGUGGAGAAGAAAGCAGAGGUUGCUAUGGAGAUGUCAGACCUUGUGGUAUACUGUCAGCCACGCAGCAAGGACAAGGACCGUUUUGACUACUACAACUGCAAAGAAGUUCGUUCUUUUGUAGAGAAUAAGACACCAGGAAAGAGCCUUUCCUUGAGUUUCCUGCAGUACAAUCACAAGGCUCUUAGUCGGAUUUACCCUAAAGGCCAGCGUGUGGAGUCCUCCAACUAUGACCCCUACCCUCUUUGGGCAAAUGGCUGUCACAUGGUGGCUCUUAACUUUCAGACAGCAGAUAAAUACACCCAGCUGAAUCAUGCCCUGUUCAGUAUGAAUGGACGUACUGGCUACGUUUUGCAACCAGAACUUAUGCGCUCUGAUUGCUAUGACCCUCACCAGCAGAAGAAAGACGUCAAGUACAACAUUGUGAUUAGGGUCAUUGCUGCCAGACACCUACCGAAGCUUGGCCGCUCGAUUUCUAGUCCUUUUGUGGAGAUUGAACUAUGUGGUCACACCGAAGCAAAGUCCAAGACGACGGUCUAUCGGGAUAAUGGUCUGAAUCCAGUGUGGAAAGCGACGACACGGCCCGUGUGCUUUAAAGUGUACGAACCUGAACUCACUUUCCUGCGCUUUGUGGUCAAUGAAGAAGACAUGUUUUCAGAUCCCAACUUCCUUGCUCAAGCUACCUUUCCAGUUAAAGGUAUCUGUUCAGGUUACCGCUCUGUGCCUUUGAAGAACGGCUACAAUGAAAACUUAGAAUUAGCCUCUCUGUUGGUUGAUAUAAAAGUACUACAGCCGGAGAACACAGAAGAAGAGCUUUAUUCUUCCUCCAGUCAACUGAAGAAGAAUAAAGUCGAGCACAGCAGUGAAGGACUCCUGUACACCUCCACAUUAAAUCAGUCUGUUAAAGAACCCACAAACACAAGUGAAUACAGGUAA